GGCGAGCGAAAUCUUCUCUAAAAUGUCGGAAGAAGGGAGUCCAGUAACCGAAUGGUACAAGGGGAGAUCGAUUUUCAUAACGGGUGGAAGCGGGUUCAUGGGCAAAGUUAUGGUGGAGAAGUUGCUUUACUCUUGUCCUGGCAUCAAAAAUAUUUAUCUUUUGCUUCGGAAUAAACGGGGCAAAUCGUCUCAACAACGAUUGGAUGCCAUGUAUCAGUUGCCGAUGUUCGAGCGUUUGAGAAAAUCACAACCAGAUGCCUUCGCAAAGAUCGUACUUGUAAAUGGAGAUGUUAACACGGAAGGUUUGGGUCUCAAAACUGAAGACUUCGAUCUACUUAUAAACAACGUGUCAGUUGUUUUCCACAUGGCUGCCACAUUGAAACUAGAAGCUUCUCUGAAAGAUGCAAUAGAGCAGAAUACUGCUGGUACAGCCAGAGUAAUAGACGUUUGCAAACAGAUCAAGAAACUUGAUUGUUUCGUCUACUUCAGUACUGCUUUCUGCUCUGCUGACGUGGAAGUUUUUGAAGAAAGGGUUUAUGAGAAGAAGGAUGAUCCAAGAGACGUUAUGAGUAUAACCAAAUGGUUGAACUCCGAAGCAUUAGAGACAGCAACAAAGGCUAUCAUUGCGCCACAUCCUAAUACGUAUACUUAUAGCAAAAGGCUGGCUGAAACUUUAGUUGCUGAUGAAAAAGACAACAUGCCUGUCUGUAUAGUUCGCCCUUCAAUAGGUGAGCAGGCGAGCGAAAUCUUCUCUAAAAUGUCGGAAGAAGGGAGUCCAGUAACCGAAUGGUACAAGGGGAGAUCGAUUUUCAUAACGGGUGGAAGCGGGUUCAUGGGCAAAGUUAUGGUGGAGAAGUUGCUUUACUCUUGUCCUGGCAUCAAAAAUAUUUAUCUUUUGCUUCGGAAUAAACGGGGCAAAUCGUCGCAACAACGAUUGGAUGCCAUGUAUCAGUUGCCGAAGGGAGAUAAACCCAUUGAAACAAAUUGUUUGUUGGAUGCUGAAGGAAAACUUCUUGAGCAACUGAUUCUCAUUAGACUCAAGAAGGAAAUUACACAACAUGGUGGUUUACCGGAGCAUCAGUUUGGACUCGUAGAGGAAAAACAAACUGUGGGUGCUUUAGAAUAUAUGUUGAAUCUCGCAAGGGAGGCAGGAGAAUCAUUCUCCUGGUCACACCAGAGAUUAUGCGUGAUAAUAACGCAAGUCAUUAGAGAUGUAUUCAACAAAGCAAGUCGACAGGAAAUCCUGUUGAAUUUGAGGAGACAUGUUAACGAGAGCCUCUUCAGUCUAUUGAGGUCAUAUUUGUCAGAGAGAGAGAUCAUCAUGGUUAGGUCAGGUCCAAAGUUAGUGGGUCUAUUCGACCCUCCACCGCAACCCGCAAGGGUAGAGGGUAGAGGGUAG